CGGAAUCUUCUAGGCCCAACAAAUUCACAUUACAAUUAAUUAUUAAUUAUACUUAAUAAGAAAAGAUUAUUCAAUACGCUACAUAUAUGUUUCUGCAUUCAUCAUGGCAAAUCCGCCACCACCACCGUUUCCGACGAUCGCAAUCGUUGACCCUCAGUACUGUGCACCAUAUCCAGUCGCACUUAUAAUAAAGAGAGAGAGGACUUUUACGGAGAAAUACACGGUCACAGACAUAAACGGCAACUCGUUUUUACGGCCAAGACACCUUGGAAACCCUAUUCUCUGUCUUCGCAGAACGCUAUUGGGAACAGAUAAGUGGAAAGCAUUUAGAGGUGGAAGUACAAGCGAAAGGGAUCUAAUCUUCACUCGGGAGCGAUCAUCAUGGUUCCAGCUAAGAACAAAAUUGAAUGUGUUCUUGGCAAAUAACACAUCAGGAGUUUGUGACUUCAAGAUCAAAGCAAGUUUCUCUGAACGAUCUUGGGUUGUUUACAUCGCCGAAUCUGACAUGGUUGCUGCCCAGGCACCUGAAGCUUUUCUCAAGGCUCCAACCACUCAACAUAAUCAUCAAUAUCGCUCCUCUCCCCUCUCUUCGCAAUCAAAUCCGCAGUCCCCAGCCGACGAUGGUAAGAAUUGGAGUAACAGAAAGUCUCAGGGACCAGCAAAUAUAUAAAAACAUAACCAUCAUUCAGCUAGCAAGUAUUUUUAUACCAUCAUAAUACAGAAAGCCUCACGCGCGUUGUUGAAAAGAUACGAUACGAUGACACAAACGGAUCUCUCUCACGCUCUUCUCCAAGGCACUAGGUGGAUAUCUCAGUUUCUAGCCUCUUCAACGAUAGUUAGCAUGGUUCUGCACUCGCAGUUCUAUUGACAAAGGUUAUGAAGCUUCACCUCUUUAAGAUCGCGGCUCCUCUACUUGACUUGUCCGAUUUUCAAAUCAUCGGUGCCGCUGUAUUUUGCACUCUUCCAAGAGGAGAAUGAAGGUCUCGAUUAAUGGAGGAUGUGACGCACUCAUCGGUUGCUGACUUUCUUACUCUGGAAUAGAAAUUCUCUUCUCUGUCGCUCAUUCCUUCUCAACUGCAAAACAACUCAGAAUUUCACUCUCUCACUCCAUGUCAAUGGUGGAAUCAGUUUUAGAAGAACAGAAUAUUGAAGUGAGCAGUUUCUCCCUCUUCUAAUUUCAUGAUUUUUGUAAUGGUUUUCAUAUUGCAUCAAUGAACACAAUGAUGAUUAUGAUUAUGAAUUUCUGAGCUCGCAAAGCAUGCUAUUUAUGAUUUUCAUAAUAAAGUUUAAAUUGAAUGUACAGAAUCCAAAUUAUACAUUAUUCGAUUUUGAUUUUCAUAAUGCAAUAAUGCACAGUUGACACAAACCAACUGUUUGAUGAAAUGACU